GGAGGGGCAGGCGGCGCCCAGAAGGGAGGCGCGGGCCGCAGGCCAAGCCGACCGGGCUCUGCCUCCCUCGGAUUCUCUGAAAUCUGACCCUGCCCAGGGGCGCUGUGACAAGAAGAGGGGAAGAAGCCACCUUACUCCGGAGCAGGCACCCGUCCCGCCCAGCCCCACCCGGGGCACAGGGCACGGUUCUCCGGCGGAGCGCGACUCGUCCCUGUGCCCUUGGGCUUCUCAUGUCACACACCCCCUGGGCCCUGUCCAACAGCUGCCGCUGCGCAAACUUCCUCCUGCAGGUGCCUUGACCCCCGGAUAUGUGAGGAAAAGUGGGAAACGGAAGCCCUAGGAGCCGGACUCCGGUAGGCCUGGGAACAUCCUGGAGCCAGGGGAACCCUGAUUAGGCUGACACCCGUGACGGCCCGGGUUCUGGCUCCGAGGAGAGCGUGAACAUCUUAGGACACGCUGUGUGAGGAGAAGUCCCCACCCCCUUGUGCCCUUGUGGCUGAGAUUUUUGCCAGCACUUCCACAGGUUUUCUGUCGGUGGCCUGGAGAGGCUCGCAGCGAGCCCUGUAGGCUCCGCAGAAAGCAGCUUCCCAUCCAGGGACGGUGCUGCUGGGGAGAUGGACAACUGAGUCUGAGACAGGUGUCCAGACUUUAACUGUAGGUAAAGCCCCGAGGGAGGAGUUCAAAGGGAGCUUGAGAAACAAAGAAGAAAGACCUCCAGGGAAGACAGGGGAAUUGGUGCCUUAUAUGUUAAAAGCGAAGCAAACACAGGGGUUGGAAAUCAGAAGAGAGCGCUAAAAUGGAAGUUUCCCUUUAUUGCUUUACUGCGAAUUUUCCUUUCUCAUGAGAAGUCUCUGAAAAGGAAACCUCCUAAGCUGGGAAUCAGUCCAGGAGGCUCCCAUGAGGCCCCGAGACUUCUUUGGACUUCUGAGAUGAAAGCAUAAUUUGUUCCCUUCCUGUGCAUUGGGCUUAGGGUUGCCACCUACCUCUUUUUGUCAAAGACAAAUAGGCAAGAAAAUCAACAACUUGACAUCGGUCAUUGACCUGUCGUGGGCUUCUGGGUUCUUGCAAGUGUUAAUGAAUAGAUAUGAGUGAUGAGCCAGGAUAGUUAACCGAGGUUCUGACUUGUUUUUGGAAGGUUUUCACUAGCUCUGACUGCUUGAGUACUGAAUAAAAAUCACACGCGCGCGCACACACACACACACACACACACACACACACAAAAGAUGUUGCCACGCAGAAAGGACUCUGUGCAGUCUCAUAGACUGUUUCUCUGCCAGAAGUCAAGGAAGUCCCCUUGUCACAACACAUGAGACCUGUUCUGACUCCAAGAUGUCCGGAGAAGAAAAAGCCCACAACCUGGUCCCGUGCACUACAGGAUUAUUGUUAAGAAUUUUUUUUUUUUUUUUUUUAAUCUAGGGAUGCCUCAGUGGCUUGGUCGGUUAAGCAUCUGCCUCUGGCUCAGAUCAUGAUCCUGGGGUCUGGGAUUGAAACCCAUCUCGAUCUCCUUGCUGAGCAGGGAGUCUGCUUCUCCCUGUCCCACACCCCCCCCCCCACUGUACUCUCAGUCUCUUUCAAAUAACUAAAUAAAAUAUCUUAAAAAAAUGUUUUUUGUAUAACCUAAAUCUCUUCUCUGGCAAUCAAGAGAAUAAAUAGAUCUAUAAAGAGAUAUAAACCAUUUCUUGUUCUUAGUAGCAUCAUUUAUCAGCUUUUUUCCCUAGACAGGAGAAAAUUAUGUCUUUUGUUUUUAACUUGUCCCCAAUGGCCAUGUUUCCCAUCCCUUUCUCCACUUUUAUUUCUUCUGAUGAACCAUACUGGUUUCUGGUUUCUUCAUACCCUUCUUUAAAACUGAAUAUAUUUUUCUAAUGAGAUCUGACUGGUUCUUUCCUAUGUCUCGGGUUCUUUCCUAUGUCUCAGCUCACAGGACUGUUAAUUCACACACAGAGGUCAUGUUAGCAUCAGUUACUUCCCCUUUAUCCACUCUGGUUCAAAUGCUUUCUUUUCCUUUAUACUUUUCCCAAUUAGACAUCAACUCCUUACUGACCAACAAUUUCUCCUGUUAGGGUUGCUUUGGAGUUUUACACAUGCUUUCUGAGUUAUUGGUCUUUCUACCACAUUUAUUAUCAGUUCUUAUUUUCUGCAUCAGAGUGCCAGGUUGUGUCUCUUUGUUGAGGCUUAAGUGAGGUGUCAUUUGGUUCAGUCUUAUAAAGGGGAUGUGUGCUCCUUGUACACACACACACACACACCUUUGGCUAGGACUUCUAUCUAUAGUAAUCAUUUCAUUCUGAACUAAUUGAUGAGAUUUGUGGCAGAAAAUCUUCUAUGUGAUUAUAUCCAUUUUUGUUGAGUGUAAAUCCGUGCACAUUCCAUUCCUACAUGUGUCCAGAUUACUUACUUUAUUGUAUUUUGAGUGGUUGAAAUUAAAUGAAUACCUUUUGAAUUUCCAGGAUUGAUCUUAAAAAAAAAAUUAAGUUCUUCCAGCCAUCAAGAGUAUUCUGUUUCUGCCAUGAGGUCCCCAGAAUAACUGUUAGUGACUUUGCUAUUUAGCACCUGCUCAUUUCUUAGUUCCUCCAAGAAGCUUGGCCCAGGGUCAGUUGAUUGGAACACACCAAACUUUAAAGUUCAUCUUCCAUCAAGCUCCCCUUAUCUGGUUUCAUCUUUUAUCCCUCAGGCUGUUCUCCGUAACUCCCUUAGGAAUAUCACCUCUUUCCAUUUUUAAUGGGCACAGCUGAUAAUGAAUUUGUUCCAGGUCACAAUUUGGGUUUGCAGCAAAAAUGCUUUCAGAACAGACAGCAGUCCUGGGUACAGGAUGGGAGUCCAUGAAUGUCCAGCUGGAUGGAGCAGAGCCUCAGGUGGAAAGGGGAAGCCAAGAAGAGGGGCCAUGGAGAACAGCACCAGGGCCACUGGAGCACCUGUGCUGUGACCUUGAAGAGGAUCCACAGUCCCUUCAGGAGAAGGCUCAGUCAGCUCCCUGGGUUCCUGCCAUUCCCCAGGAGGGGAGCACCGGAGAUUGGGAGAUGGCAGCUGCACUUCUUGCAGCAGGAUCACAGGGCCUGGUAACCAUCAAGGAUGUGUCCUUGUGCUUCUCUCAGGAAGAAUGGCGGAGCCUGGACCCUUCUCAGACAGACUUUUAUGGAGAAUAUGUCAUGCAGGAAAACUGUGGGAUAGUGGUCUCUCUAAGAUUUCCAAUUCCCAAACUGGACAUGCUUUCUCAACUAGAAGGAGGGGAAGAACAAUGGGUCCCUGACCCCCAGGACUUGGAGGAGAGGGACAUCCUAAGGGUCACAUACACAGGAGAUGGAAGUGAGCACGAGGGUGAUACCCCUGAACUAGAAGCAGAACCUCCCAGAAUGUUAUCUAGUGUGUCUGAAGAUACUGUUCUCUGGAACCCAGAGCAGGAUGAGAGCUGGGAUUCCAUGCCCAGGGGCUCCAGAGGAAUGCUCCUGGGCCCACCUUUUCUUCAGGAAGAUAGCUUCUCAAACCUUCUAUGUAGCACAGAGAUGGAUUCCCUGUUAAGACCUCACACAUGCCCCCAGUGUGGGAAACAGUUUGUGUGGGGCUCCCACCUUGCCAGGCACCAGCAAACACACACUGGGGAGCGGCCCUAUAGCUGCCUCAAGUGUGAAAAGAGCUUCGGGCGAAGACACCAUCUGAUCCGGCACCAGAAAACACACCUACAUGACAAGCCCAGCAGGUGCUCUGAGUGUGGCAAGAAUUUCCGAUGCAACUCCCAUCUGGCCAGCCACCAGAGAGUGCAUGCAGAAGGCAAGUCCUGCAAGGGCCAAGAGGUUGGAGAGAGCCCGGGGGCUAGGAAACGGCAGCGUGCCCCCCCAGUGCCAAAGUGCCAUGUGUGCACUGAGUGUGGGAAGAGCUUUGGCCGACGGCACCACCUGGUGAGACACUGGCUGACCCAUACUGGGGAGAAGCCCUUCCAGUGCCCUCGCUGUGAAAAGAGCUUUGGCCGUAAACAUCACCUGGACAGGCACCUGUUGACCCACCAGGGACAAAGUCCCCGGAGCAGCUGGGACAGAGGGACAUCUAUCUUUUGAAAUCUGUUUCUGCUGCAGCUGUGGUCACAUCUAUCAGCAGCUGGUGCUACCAGGAGUCUCUGCCAGAACUGCCCCUCUCCUGCACCCCAGUAGCCAGAAUCAUGAACCCUGACUCCAUCCUUAGAAAGAUGAGGUUCCAACAUUGGCCAAACAUUUCUCACCAGUUCUAUGAGAUUCCACAUAAAAUGGAGUUCUUUGGGCAAAACUUUUAGGAAACGAUGCUGAUAUUCAGCCGAAGCCCAUUCUCAAGGGUACCACUUGAGAAUCAUCAGUUUAUGGCUGCGGUCCAUCCUGAGUGGUUGGAGCCUAUGCCGUACCAGUUGAAUAUUUGAAUAACACCUUUGUAUACUGUAACUAUUAUAUCCUCUCUGUAUAUAGAGAGAAAGACCAUAUUAGCAGAUUGAAGGCUCUGAGAACUUAUGUGUGCAAAGACUUGUCAGGGCUCUUUUACUGCAGUGUUUCCUAAAUGUGUUUGACCUCAGAGUCCUUGCUAUCUCACCUCCCGCAGAACUGGUGACUCCAUGAAACACACUCUGGUGAACACUGGGUUAGGGAGUAAUGAGGAAACGAGAAAGAGAUAGUGAUCAGGCACCCAGAGUUCUCCUUUUCUAUCCAGAUGAAAGCUGAGGGGCAGACCUCAUUCCUGUGUGGGUCUAUCAUCCUUACCCUGAUCAUCCAAAUAUACAUCACACCUCUUACCCCCACCUAUUGACAAAUAGAAACAAGAACCUUUUCACUCCCUUAUUCAGACUCCCUUCAUCUUCCUCAUACAUAUAUCCAGCUGAGGGAAUCACGCUACAAUGCUGAGAUGGACGUACACUCCCAAAGGAACCCAGGCCCACACAGAAGAAAAAAACUUUAUCCCCUUGAACAGACCCCUCUCCUCUUGACUGUGUCUUUAUGUGUCUAUGUGUAUCUGUGUGCAGGGUCUUUGAAGAGAGCAUGCAAUGUGCAAACUGUACAAGCUAGAUUUUCUAGGGGCUGUUUUCUGGGGGUGAGGGUAGUAGGGAUUGUAUGGGAUUUUUUUGUUUUGUUUCAAGAUAGGAAGUAAACUGAGAGAUUAAGGGAGCCCUCAUGGAAAGGAUUAAGUGAUGGGUUAAGUUGUGGGAGUUGAGGUAUAAAGCUUUCCCCUGUAUUACUGAGAUCAAGACAACUGUGGAUAUAUAUGUAUAGGUCUGAAUCUCUGGGCCACAGAUUCUUUUUGCCUAGGAGGAGAGAGAAAGACAGACACAUCCUCAGUGAGGUGAGCUGUUUCUUGUUGAUUUCAAGUAAGGUGCAUAUAGAAGCUUUGUGCUGAGUGGGUUUCUUUGUCUUGUUUUAGUGCUGGAAAAUUAGGACAGGAAUCACAGUGCUUGCAGGUUGUUGUCAUCACUCUUAUUUGACCUUGAUUGCCUCAUCAAGGAGACAGUUUUUCUUAAGGAUUUCAUUCUCCCAGAAACGGAACAUUAGGGAAAAUGGCUAUGGUUUAGCUUUUCAGCUGAUGUGGUGGGAAGGUAGUGCAUUGGGUUUUCUUCCCAGUUCUGGGUAGGUAUCCACACUAAGACUCUUAACUCCAGGACUUGCAUAAGUAUUCUAGCAUCUAUUGGUUGAUGAGUUGGUCAUUGUUUUGCCUUAUUGAUAAUGUGUUAAUACCAAUCAUAUAAUUUAAAAAUUAUCUUGUAUGUAAGAGCAGUUUGGGGUUAGGGAGGAGAGGAGCAAAGCAGAUAAAAGUGGGAUAAUUUCUCUUUAAAUGCUUACAUUCUGGUUUUUCCUUAACAUACUUAUUUCUUAACCACAAUUUGGUGGAAUUAACCAGAGAGGCAAAAGGAAGUAAGCUGCAACAAUCUAGUUUAGUGAUUAUCCCAUUUGCUUAGGGAAAACUGGGUGAAUCACAGCUCCUCAGAGUUCUGGACCUAAAUAGAGCUGAAAAUAGGGUCAUUUUGUUGACCGGGCUUCUUAGAGUGGAUAUGAGUUGAGCAACCCAGCUGCCACCUCCCUUUUGCCGCACAGAGGAGCCUUUCUUCUUUGCCUGGGAUGCACUUCUCUUGCUUAGGUUCCUACGAAUAGAGCAAAAUGACCAGCCCUUUUUAAGGUCCUCAGAAAUAGGAGCAUUUUAGGAUUAAUAUUAGGAGGUACCCCAGGGAAUAGGAGAGUAUUGGAUUCCAGUGGUAAAACUGGACUAUGCCAUUUCUUUUACCCUUCCACUAUGCCUCAUUCAUUAAUGCAGAUCAGCUUUAUGUAAGCAGGGGUUCAGAACCUGUUUUAGAUCAGAGACCCUUACGAAACUCUGAUAAAAAUCAGAAGCUCACUUUUAAGAAAAACGGGCAUUAGAAAUUCACUCUGUUUUAUAUACACAUUUAGCAGGUUCAGAGCCCAUCCAUGGAAUCACUAAACCGGGGUCAUAGGGAGUUACUCUGACCCAACAUGGUCAUUUAUAUAUUUUUGUCAAGAAUUACAAGGCAAGGAUCACUAAAUAUUUUAAGGACUAAGAUAUCAGAGGCAGUAGGGUAUAAAGACAGAGUCUAGUCUUUAAUGACUAGGAGAGUAUUGCUGACAUUCUACUCUGUUUUUUGUUUGUUUGUUGUUGUUUUUUUUUUUUAAAGAUGACAUGCUGACAAAUUGAGCUCCUCACAAACCUUGUUUUAAAGACUUGUGGGAAGUGACUCUCUACUGUCAGAUCACACAUCUUAAUAACCAAAUGUUAACUUCCAGCAAUUGGUCUGUUUUAGUAAUUAUAAGGAUAGCAAGAGAAGUCCCCAAAGUGUGGGUGCAGCCAUAGCAUCCAAACGAAAGGCAUAAUAGAGUCUAAGAGCUUUCUGCAGAAAGGACGUCCCUUUAGGUCAUUUCUGGUACACCACUGUCUUCUCUACCUCGGUCCAACACCACUUCCCUUGGACGAAAAAUAAAAUAAGCAACAGCCAUUAGAUGGGUGAAUAGAUUUGGAAGAUUUUUCCCACAGGGAAUCAGCUUCAAACUCCCAUCUUUCUCCUAGCUGGCUUUGCCACGUGUCCACCCUAUCCCCUUUAAAUAAAAAAAACAAAAACAAAAACAAAAA